AUGGAAGCCGACAUGGAGCUUCCAUUUCAUUUCCAAGUUGCAUCUCCUAAGGUGAAGCUUUCGUUUCAUAUUUGCGUUGAUUCCCAUUUGAUAGAAUCUGGUCUUUCCUUGGUUGAUCAAUUGAAUCCAUGGAUUGUGCCGGUUGUGUUGGGGACUAAACCGAAGCUGUCAAAGGGCCAUUCAGCAAUUGAGUUAGAUGAAGAUCGAAUUCUGGUCAUUAAGGGCAACACGAACUCGGAUGAUACAUUCUGGUUUCUCGAGGUGAACACUCCAUUUGUGAGGGAGCAUAAAAUCAGAUUAGGAACCGAAGUAGUUUCUUGGAGCAAAGGAGUAAUCGGCAAAGGCCUAAAGCCCAUAGUCAUCAGCGGGCCUUCUGGUGUAGGCAAGGGCACUCUGAUUUCGAAACUGAUGCAAGAAUUUCCAUCCAUGUUUGGAUUCUCUGUAAGCCACACGACCCGGGCACCAAGGAAAAACGAGCAAAAUGGGGCCCACUACCAUUUCACAGAACGUCAUGUGAUGGAGAAAGAUAUCGAGGAUGGCAAAUUCCUUGAGUUUGCAGUUGUUCAUGGAAAUCUGUAUGGGACCAGUGUGGAAGCUGUUGAGGCAGUUGCUGACAAAGGAAAGAGAUGCAUACUUGAUAUUGAUGUUCAAGGGGCAAGGUCCGUGAGGUCUACCUCACUCGAAGCCAUUUUUAUCUUUAUUUGCCCUCCUUCAUUCGACGAGCUUGAGAAACGCCUUCGUGCGAGGGCAACCGAGACAGAAGAACAAAUCCAGAAACGGCACCGAAAUGCAAAGGCGGAGCUUGAACAGGGAAAAUCGUCGGGCCUGUUUGAUCAUAUUUUGGUAAAUGAUGAUCUAGGGGCAUGCUAUGAGAAACUCAAGGAUCUUUUGGGCCUCACUCAUGGCGUGAACCAUCCAGAGGAAUCAGUGUUGGAGUCGUUUCACGUGCCUUUGGAACACAAAGUCUUGAAAAUUGAUCGAAAAAUCCUUAUAAAUUGUGGGAUUUCAGAGGGAGAAAAACCAGCUGUAAACAUGUUUGUGCUUGAUUUAGCUUCAAUGAAAGGCGGGGCCCCCGGAAGAACGAGAGGUCUGAAUUUGUACCAAACUGACGAGCUAACACCUUAAACUUCUCCACUAAUAUAAUUCAUAUCCAUUUUAUUUGGGAAAAAAAUGAAAUUGAUCGAUCUUGAAAUUGAUUUGUUUGCUUGAGUCUUCGAGCAGCGAGCAAGUUUUGUGGGGGGAUAUUGCCUUAUAUCUGGAGUAAGCGAUUUUUCUUUCCCGGAAGAGUAGAUGUUUUUUUUGAAGUUCACGAGACGAUAGAGAGAUUUUUCGUUUCGUCAUACAUUGAAAGAUAGAGAGAUUUUUCGUUUCGUCAUACAUUGAAA